ACCCACACUCUCGUUCUCCUCUCUCGCCAUCUUGACCUCCUGUUUCCCGCUUCGUGCUUCAUCUCCUCCUCCUCUCGCUUAAACCGAGCGGGCGUUGGGGUACGGCGAGCAAGGGAAAUCCAGCGGGUUUUCGCGUUUGGUGUGAUAUUAUUAUUUUUUCCGUGAAAGAGAGAGAAGAAAUCCCGGGGGGUGUGUGUCUGCGAAAAAAAAAGCGUGUCAACCGAUCCUCCCUCUCCCACCACUCCACCUCCUCCCCCAAGCCUGACCGCAAACCACACAGCAACAAACUUGGCAUAAGGCGGUGCGAGAGAGUAAGAGAGACGAUAUCCUUUUUCUUUUUUCCCCUUUUUUUUUUCCUUCUCUCUUCUGCCGUCCCUUCUUGAAAAAAAGGAGGGUAUAUAUCCUUUAUCGAUAUCCUUGAUAAUCAAAUGUCUAAACGCCGAUCAGAGAGCCAACUGACUAAAGACCAAUUCGAAAAGAUGAACUCGAAUGGUUUCAGCUUCUCGACGAAUCGCGCGGGGAAUGGGGCCGGGGGUGGUCCGGAUGACGUUGCUGAUCCUUCCAUGAUGGCAGAUAGAAAUACUCUUUCUCAGCGAAGGUAAGCUUUUUUCCCCUCCUUUUCUUCUCUUCUCCCUAGACAUUCUCUUCCCCUCCUCAUUUUCCUUCCUUUCGCCUUUAUCCCCCCCCCCCCCCUCUUAGAUCCACGGGUUUGCCCUCCCUUAUUGUAUCGCUUGAUGGCGAUGUUGAUGAGUAUCUGUGUGGAUUAGGAUAGCACCCCUGAAACGGGGCCGUGGCGGUGCCAGACAAGGGACCAGGACUGGAGCUGACAAUAUUCCGAAUCUUUUUUCCGGGGUGGCCGGAGGUGUGACAUUCGGCGCCCCUAACGGAACAGCGCAACAACAACCACAGCAGUCUUUCGGUGGGUUUGGGUUUGGAGCGGCAAGCAAUAAUAAUGCUGCGUCUACCGGGUUUGGCGGGAGUUCUACUGGAGGAUCCUUCGAAUUUGGGGCGAGCAAUAAUAAUGGGCAACAAGAGCAACCAAAGACAAAUCCCUUUGCAUCGCUUGGGGCAAGUAGCAAUGGGAAUAUGUUCCAGGCAGCGACCCAGCCUCAAGCCACAUCUUUAUUCGGCGGUAAUUCGUUUGGUUCCAACAACGGAGGUCAGACCCCUUCAGCAACCCCUAACCCGAGCUUUCUCUUUGGAGCUCCCAGCAACAGUUCUGCCCCUGCUCCUGCUACAACGGAGAGUUUUAACAAAACUCCCUCCUUUGCCUUUGGAAAUACCAGUACACCGACAAUGUUUGGCGGCGCAGGAGAUAGCAAUAAUAAUAGCAAGGCGUCCUUUACCUUUGGUACAAACAGCGGCGUAAGUGGAGCGACUUCUCCAGCUGCUACCCCUGCUGCUUUUGGCAACUUUGGUUCCCACGCCGGUGCUUCCUCGGCCCCUCUCUUUGGGGGAACCCCGAGCCCCGCCCCAGUUCAUGAAAAGACGCCCGAGCCUGCUCCCGCUAUCGCCGCUCCCCAACCAACCUUUUCCUUCGGUGCCGUGUCACCAGCCCCAUCAUCUACCGGAAAUUCAUUGUUUUCAAAGCCCUCAGAGCCGUUGUUUAAGCCCACCCCCUCUCCCGACCCGCUGUCUUCCAACAGUCUCUUCGGAGCACCUAAGCCAACGCCAAGUCCUGAGCCGUCGGCUGCAGGUCCUGGUAUGUUUGGAUCUCAAGCCACUACUUCUGCUGGAUCCGGCGGUCUAUUCAAUACUUCUGCUACACCUGCCAAACCGCCUACGUUUUCUGGAUUCGGUCCCCCCGCCCAGCCAUCCACACCCAAGGCAGAUGAGAAGCCGCCGACCUUCUCAUGGGGUCCGCCGAAGGAAGAGCCGAAGAAAGCCGAAGAAGCUCCCAAUGCUCCGUUUGGAGGGUUCGGUGCCCAGACGAUUGACUCCCAGCAGGAGGCGCCCACUCCAAAGCCUUUCACUGGCUUUAGCCAAGAGCACGGGGAGCCAGCCAAGUCAUUGUUCGGGUCCCCGGCUCCCUCGACAGUUGGAUCCAGUCUUUUUGGGAAACCUACUGAGAACAAGCAAGACACUGCGGCAUCUUCCACAACUAGUUUCUUCAACAAGUCGACUGAGGCUUCAACCCCCAGCUUCUUGGGCAAACCCACUGAGACUAAACAGGGUGCCCCGGCUGCUUCUUCCACCGGUUUCUUUGGUAAGUCAGCUGGUCCUUCAUCACCCUCAACUUCCAGCUUUUUCGGUAAGCCGGCGGAAGCGAAGCAGGAUACUCCUGUUGCCGAGCCGAAGAAAGCGCCUACUUUCGGGGGCUCUCCAAUUACUUUCGGAAAGAAUUCCGUUUCUACUCUCGGUGGAUCUAGUAUUUCUUCGCUGUCUCCGGCACCUGUCAGUCAGUUCGUCCCACCUGUUUCCCCAGCACUCAAGGCUGCUGAGCCGACUGUUUUCGGUGCUACCAACGCUCGAACACCGUCGCCUCCGCUGCCAUCAGAUGCCACCUCAUGGGCGCCGGCGCAACUCACAGAGUAUUAUAAUCUCUACGGACUUCGUUCUUUGAACUAUAGGUUCCUGGAAACGCUCAUGAAGGCUGAUCAGUUUGGUGAUUGGAGUUCUGCUUGCGAGAUAUAUGUUAGGGAGGCCUCGCGCAUCAAGGCUUGUCAGGAGAACGGAGAGAGGUAUAAAGGGGCUUCCGGGGAUGCCCCGGCCGGGGGUCAUGCCAAGAGGCCGUUGACGGAGGGUGAGGAUGGCGGAGGGAAGAGAAGGAAGGAAGAAGGUAUUUAGCUUUUCUUUUCUUAUUGCUCCCUAUUAUUAUUUAGCUACGGCAUUUCCCUUUUCCUAUGUUCCGACAGAGAAGCACUUGAGAUCAUGAUUGUUUUCCUAUUUAAGGGUUGAGUUGGUGUGGGGAGUUUUCAUGUCUGGAGUUUUCUUUUGAUUGUUCGGUCGUUUGGUGCUGCGCCCCGGGUUAGGGGCCGGGAUAAUUGCUGGUUCUUGGUGACUUCUCUAUAACCGUGGGAAGGACAUGAUGGACGAAGCGACGGGUUACAGCCUUCUAGUACCUGGUUAUCACCAUUGGCAACUAAUCCAACCCAGCCCUGGCCCACUACCCAUCCAUCUUUGCACACUUCCCUAUACAGUCUUGUCGAAUGUUCAGCAUGUUGCGACUGCCUUCAUCAUUCAUCACUAUCACCUGUUCCCCCUGAAAUUCCAGCUCCCUUCCUUAACAUCGGCGGAGUACCUUGUGUCAGCUCGCGCAUUUUUUAUUCUAACAUCUUUUGCCUGAUGCAACAUAGACUCGACCAAGGCCUCGAAUUUUUCGAAUUCGGCCCUGGGUGGUGGUAAUGCCGAAAAGAAGGGUCCGCAGAGCUUGCCGAGUGCGCCAUCAUUCGGAUUCAAGCCACCUGCCCCGUCUACUAUGAAGUCGAGCUCUUCCUCAGAACCCGCACCGCUUCCCACUGCACCCGUCUUUGGGUUUAAGCCUCCCGAAAAGGGGGAUGAUAGUUUAUCGAACGGACGAAAGUUGGCGCCGGAGCCUGUACACGGGUUUAAGCCUCCCGGGGCACUUGCCGAUAAGAGCGAUAGGUCGAAGACUGGUAUGUUAUCUGGGAAUUCCCACAAUCUAUUUUCGGGCUCUGGUUAACUUGGUUCUAGGCGGAAGCGUGUUUGAUAGUCCCAACGCAUCUCUUAAUAACGGUGGCUUCGUGAAUCCGUUCCCGAAAGCCAGUACCGAUGACAUUGUGGUUGAGGAGGAUGACGGCGAUGGUGGGGGUAGCAACAAGAAGGCCAGCAGUGGGGGAAGCCUUUUCGACCGAACAUCGGAGCCACUCCCGGAUAAGAAAGAGGCAGGAUUCAUUGGAAGUCCAAAAAUUGGGUUGGGCGACUCAUCCUUAUUUGGCAAGAGGGUUGACGAUGCUAAGCCGAUUGGUCUUUUCGGCAAUGUUAGUGGGUCCGCUUCCGCUUCUUCUACCCCGGCUGCAGGGUCACCUGCCGCAACGUCCUCUCUAUUUGGCACCUCUACAACCAGCAAGCCAGAGGUUGGCUUUUCGUUUGGUGGCCUGAAUAAGCCGACGGGCUCGACAUCGGCCCCUGCUCUGGACUCCAGUCUUCUCCGGCCAACAUCUGCCCUGUCGCGUAAUAAUAGUGGUGGGAACACAACAAGUGCUGUAUCCACCCCCGGCGCAACGGACACUGACGCCUCGGAACCCAAUGAUAAUGCCCAUAAUGCGAAGAACGAUCUUGACCUCUCGGGCCCUGGCCCUGGAGAGGAGGACGAGGACUCGAAAUACCAGAUGAAAGCCCUUGUGUACGAGUCCACUAAGGAAGCUUUCAAGAAGACCGGCUCCGGUACUCUGCGUGUACUCAAGAACCGUGAAAACGGUAAAGCACGUGUUGUCGUCCGCACCGAUAUCGGGAAAGUCAUCCUCAACGUCGGUCUCAACAAGGCACUUGGUUAUGCUGUCGUAGACGACAAGAAGAAGAAUAGCAUACGGAUCCCGGAAUUUCUGCCCGGCGGUGCAACGAGAACUUGGCUAGUGAGAGUAAAACUAGCAGAAGAUGCGGCAAGGUUGGCAAUGGUUAUGAAUGAGGAGAAGUUAUGAAGAAUGCUCUACUGAGUUAAAUCGGUGUUUCUUUUCUACUUUUCGUUUUUUUCUCCUUCUUUCUCUUUCCCCACUUUUCCUAUAACUAAAUUUCCGCCUCUUGAGCUCCUAUUCCAUUAAAAUGUAUUUCAUCUUUUAUAUUUUAUUUUUCCCGUCAAAAACUAACAUGCAUCCGGUCAAUAUUCUUUGUUUUUUUAUUUUGUUUCUCUUUCUCCUUAUCUUUACUGCAAAUUCAUCAACUGGAUAAAUGGGUUUUAUCAUACCGUAGGGUUUUUGUUUCAUUAUUUUUUCUGGGAAAAAAAUUAAUUUCUGCUUUUCUUUCUCUUGUCUUCUUUUAUCCUCCACUGAGCCGUGCAUGUCUGUCCGCCCGUCUGUCUCUGUGUGUGCGUGUGUAUUUGUAUAUUAGUUAACCCCCCUUUUCUUCCCUUUGCUUUACAUGUGUUGCUCCCGUGGCAUAAUCCGGAGUAUCGUAUCCUAUCGUAUCCUAACUGUAUCUUUGGUUUGUUGUGGUAGUACAUCUCUUUUUUUCUUUUUUUUUUCUUCACAUUUUUUCACAUGCUUGACGAGCGAGGAAAUUGUGAUAACAAAAUUGGAAAUUGUGAAUUCUUCCCAUGACAUGUGAGUUUUAGGAGAUUAA